GUGGCACUUGAAAAGACAGAUGCAAAAGAGGCUUUCUUUGAAAUUGAUCUUGGAAGCAGUAUCUUCAGCCCUAAAAUGUUAGUGCAUUCCGAAAGAUUUGGGCUACCUGAGCAUUAUGGCAUCAAGAAACCUCUGGCAUAUGAGAAGUAACUUUCUUUUGGGUUCAAGAUGUUGGAUAACCCAAUAUUCAACAGAAAUCUUCAAAUCCAUUUCAUUUAGGCUUUUUGGUAUGAAAUGUGAUAAUGCAGACCGUGAGCCUUUGGAAAAGGAAGACGUGCUGAACAACUUAGUUGCUAUGGGAGUUGAUAUUGACAUGGCUAAGAAACGACAGCCUGGAGUUUUUAAUAGGACAAUUACUAAUGAGCAAGACCUGCAGAUGUUCCUUCUUUCCAAAGGAGCUAGUAAAGAAGUGAUUGCUAAUAUCAUAUCAAGAUAUCCACGAGCUAUAACACGUACUACUGAAAGUCUUUCAAAACGGUGGGAUCUGUGGAGAAAGAUAAUGGCAUCAGAUCUUGAAAUUGUAAAUAUUUUGGAACGUUCUCCUGAAUCCUUUUUUCGGUCCAAGAACAAUGAAGAGUUAGAGAAAAAUAUAAAUUUCCUGUAUUCGGUUGGAUUGACCGGUAAAUGCCUUAGUCGACUAUUGACCAAUGCCCCUCGUACUUUCUCCAAUAGUCUUAGUUUGAAUAAACAGAUGAUUAAAUUUUUGCAUGAAGUCUGUUUGUCCUUGGGUUAUAGUGACCCUACAGAUUUUGUCAGAAAGAUAAUUUUCAAAAAUCCUUUCCUCUUAAUUCAGAGCACCAAGCGGGUGAAAGCUAAUAUUGAAUUUUUACAAUCAACUUUCACCUUGAACAACAAGGAACUGCUGGUUCUGAUAUGUGGUUCAGGAGCUGGACUCCUAGGCCUUUCCAAUGACUAUGUCAAAAGAAACUACGAAAAUAUCAAAGAAAAGCUGUUUUCCUUUGGAUGUACUGAAGAAGAGGUUCAGAAGUUUGUCUUAAGCUAUCCAGUCGCGAUCUUCUUGGCAGAGAAAAAGUUUAAUGAUAAAAUAAACUACCUUAUAGAAGAAAAAAUUAGUAUUUCACAAAUAAUUGAAAAUCCUCGGGUUCUAGAUUCAAGCAUAAAUACUUUAAAAAAUCGAAUCAAAGAAUUAGUACCUGCUGGCUAUAACUUGAAUACAUCAAAAAUCACUGUUCUAUCUUGGAGUCAAAAAAGAUAUAAAGCUAAACUGCAAAAAACUAAGAAAACAGCACCUGGAGCAUAAUUCUUAAAAUUUAGUAACGUUUAUUUUUGACUUUGGAGUGUCAAAGGAGAACUGUGAUUUCUUAACCACAGAUACAUAUGUAAAUAAUCCUUUAAAAAUUUUGGCUUAAAGGUUUGCAAAAACUCUUAGUUGGUAUGUUCUGAUGUACUUCUCCCAGCUACUACUUCUCUAGUUUGAAUUAAUGCAACAUCCCAUUGUAUGUAGGCUGUGACUGCUGUACAGUAUGGUAGUUCCUGAGUGCUAUACAGAACAGUGUGGAGAAAGAUAGUACAAAAUAAGCACUUGUAGUUCCUGUUUAGAUUUAAAAAUUAACAGAUUUGGGAUGGACAUUUAUAGCUUAGGAGGACAGCAUUUGCCUAGCACGUGCAAGGCCCUAACUUUGGUCCCUAGCACAGCAAAAAUAAAAAUAGACAAAAAACAAAUUGACAGACUCAUGUAGGCAAUUAGUUCUGUUUCCUCUCAUUGGUUUGAAUGACAAGUCAUUUUAUUAUUCCAACUUAUAGAAUUAGGUUAUCCUGAAAAUAAAAUGCCAGUAAAAAGAGUAAAAAAAUCCAACAAAAAGGAUUUUUUUUCAUUCCAAGUUCCACGUUCUCCAUUUAAACCAUUAAUAUGACAUUACUGUCCCCCUCAAAAGUAAUAGUCCCUAUAGUCUACUGCAGGUGUGUUCAUAUUUCUUUGAAGACAAGGCACCUGUGGUGGGUAUAAGAAUAAUGGUCACCUAAAGAAGUUAAUGUCCUAGUUUCUAGAAGCUGUGACUAUGUCAUGUUACAUUGCAUUGGAUUUUACAGAAGUGAUUAAGUUAAAAUGUGGUUAAGGCCCUUGAGAUGGGAAAAUUAUCCUAAAUUAUUUGAGUGGGCCCAAUAUCAGGAUUCUUAAAAAUGAAGAGGGAGGUGCUGGGGAUUUAGCUCAGUGGCACUGCACCUACCCAGCAAGCACAAGGUCCCAAGUUUGAUCCCUGGUGGGGUGGGGGGAGGCAAGAAGGGAGGCUGUAGAGAUGUAAUAUAAGAAUGACUUGGCCACUUUUGCUAUCUAUGAAGGACAGAGGUGCCAUGAAGCAAAGAAUGUGGGUGGGUGGCCUAGGAACAGAUUCCUUUUUUAAUUUGUUUUUUUGAGACAGGGUCUCACUAUGUAGUCGAG